CGCUUUGUGAGUAGAGGGCGACCUGGAUAAUGGCGGCCGGCGCGGCCAUAGCCCUGGCCCUGUGGCUACUUCUGCCUGCAUUAGGAACGGGAGAGGCGGGGCCGCCGCCCAUUCAGGACGGCGAGUUUACAUUUCUGCUUCCAGCCGGGAGGAAGCAGUGUUUUUACCAGUCCGCACCGGCCAAUGCUAGUUUGGAGACCGAGUACCAGGUGAUUGGAGGUGCUGGGCUGGACGUGGACUUCACCCUGGAGAGCCCUCAGGGUGUGCUGCUGGUCAGUGAGUCUCGGAAGGCUGAUGGGGUGCACACGGUGGAGCCUACUGAGGCUGGGGACUACAGGCUUUGCUUUGACAACUCCUUCAGCACCAUCUCAGAGAAGCUAGUGUUCUUCGAGCUCAUCUUUGACAGUUUCCAGGACGAGGAGGAGGUAGAAGGCUGGGCUGAGGCUGUGGAGCCAGAAGAGAUGCUUGAUGUCAAAAUGGAAGACAUCAAGGAAUCCAUAGAGACUAUGAGGACCCGGCUGGAACGGAGCAUCCAGAUGCUGACUCUGCUACGAGCCUUUGAGGCGCGUGAUCGGAACCUUCAAGAAGACAACCUGGAGCGGGUCAACUUCUGGUCAGCUGCCAAUGUGGCUGUGCUGCUGUUGGUGGCCGUCCUGCAGGUCUGCACACUCAAGCGCUUCUUCCAUGACAAGCGCCCUGUACCCACGUAGCCCCAGCCCCAGAGGAUGAAUGAAACGACGGAGGGCGACGGGCAUGUUGACUUGCUGGAGAAGCUGCACAGUUGGGUCUUCAGCAGUGGCCCCAUGUGUCUCCCUUCCUGGGAGAGCAGGAGGACAAGUAGAUUGCAGACCCUUUGCAAGGGGAGGCUCAGCAACAGUGCCUGUUUCUUGGAAGUGUUGGGUACUGUAGCGUGGGGAUAUAUGACCCUCAGAUGCCCUGGUUUUCUCCUGAAAUCGUGCCUUAGCUUAAGUCUUCCAGUCAUCAGGAUGGGGUCAAGCAGUACAGCUGCCCCUUGCUCUUCCCCAGCUGGACACAUCCCAGCCUCAGUGUCUCUACUUUGCUCCUGGGGAUAAGCCUGCUUUGCUAGGGCCUGGGAAGGAGACACAUUUGCAGAGUUCUUGCCAGGACAGUCACUUUUAUUUGAUAGGAAGGAGUCCUGGCCCCUUAGCCCAGAGGAGAGCCAGCUGGCGUGUGUGUGUGUGUGUGUGUGUGUGUGUGUGUGUGUGUGUGUGGUUUGGUAACAUAACUCCAAGAGAGGACCCCCUUCCUCCUCUGGGUGCAGGACCUCAGAGGCUGAGGUGCAACCCCACCACAGCUGCCUACAAGCCUCAAGGAACAAAGGGGCAUCUGUCCUGGGCACUGGAGUCAAUAAAUUAUGGUCAGAAAAAUUAA